UGGAAGUUUGGGAGUAUAAGAAUUGACUUGCAAUUUCCAGUGAUUUACUUGAGUCACCAUCUUCAAACCCUGCGACUCAGACAUCGCUACUGUACUACUACUACUAGAUCCAUCCGUAAAAUAAUGGCUCUAGCUAUAAUCGUUGGGGUUCUUGGUUCUCUCAUUCUAUUUCACGCCGCUUAUUCAACUAUCCAAUAUAAGAGCUUGUUGAAGAUUACUGAAGAAGAGUUUUCAUCACCUCCUUUUAAUGUUGUGAUUGAGCUGUUUGUUGGAUUGUUGCUUUGUUUCUGGGCUGCUCUAACUGCUCCGGGGAAGUUUUUGUCCAUACAUCCACAAUCUGAAGAGAACAGGAUUGUUUCUUUACCUGCAAACCUAGACUUCAUGAUUUUCAACCACCGACGCAAAGUUUUUCCCUUGGAAACGGAUCUGAAGCUGAAACACUGAGGACUUUAGUACAAACUAUGAAGUGUCAUUAUCUCUCGCAUGUGUAAGGAAAAUAUUGUCUCUUGAUACAAAAGAAUUAUCUCUCGUAUGUGAAAUCCUGUUGUAGCUUAUGCUUAUCAGUAUCAGUACUGGCCAGUGGCCACUUGCCCUAGUAAUUUGGACAGGAUGUUAUUACCUGUAUUAUUUAUGAACAUCCAGCUUUCACUUUGACCAUACUUUGAUAAGUGAGUUGCAAAAUAGUUGAAUUCAAUUUUACACAAGUACUAUAUA